AUGGUUUUGCAGGAAAAAGUAUCAGUAAUUUGUAUGUUGACACAGACUAAGGAAGAUGGCAAGGAUAAAUGUUUCCAAUAUUGGCCAAUCACGAAAGGAUCUUCCUUGAAAUAUAAUGAUAUUGUCGUGAUAAAUGCACAUAGUAUGGUUUAUGCAGAUUAUGUUUAUAGCACAUUGCACGUCCAAUCCCAGAAUUCUAAACAUACGGUGGAACAUAUGCAUUUCGUCAGUUGGUCAGAUCACGGUGUAACACAGUAUCCUGAAUCUUUGGUUUCAUUUUUAAGGAAGUUUCAAAAUUUCGAAUCAGAGAAUAAUCCCAAAAUAGUGCAUUGCAGUGCUGGUGUCGGCAGAACUGGUACAAUAAUACUUGCAGACAUAUGCAUCAAAAUGGCACAAAAAACCCAAAAAAUUGAUGUACUAUAUCACCAAAAACGGAUACGAAAGCAGCGAGCAAACCUUGUAGACAACAAUGACCAAUAUAAAUUGGUGCACAUGAUAAUUUUGGAAAGUCUAUUUGGUGCAUCCACCAGCAUUCCUUGUGUGGAAUUGAGGAAAUAUGUUACAAGAUUGAAGCAUUCUAAAAAAGCUGGCGAGGAAUUACGAAAAUUGGCAGUCAACUCUUGGAAGGAUGAUUAUACAAAAGGUUCUCAAGAUGCUCCAGCUCAACCAGACAUUGAGAGAAAGGAAAACAGGAACAGGAUUGUACCAGGAUGCAGAGGACGUGUGUUCAUAUCACGUUUUCCACUUUCGAAUGCUGAUUCGGAUUAUAUAAAUGCAGUCGUGGUUGAUGGUUUUCGAAUGAAGGCCGAAUUUAUUGCAACACAAUUUCCUUUGGAGCACACCAUAGGCGAUUUCUGGAGAAUGGUGUCUGAUAAAGGGAUCACAUUAAUUGUGGUACUAAAUGAAAUUGAUACUAACGACAACACUGUCAAUAAUUUCAUACCAAAUGAAGAAGAGUCAAUAUUCACUUUACCACGAAUUUCUGUAGCUUUCGAAGAGAUGCAAAUUAAUGACAACUGCAAAAUCACUGAUGUGAAACUCCAAGACGCUGCCAAGGUUACAAAUACUUCUUUGACAUCACAUUUUUGA